UAUUGUGAAAGAAAGCGACGAUUGCCGUUAGUUUUUUCCCCGCUCCAAAGCUUGUCAACUACCUCUGCCUGCCACCACAACAAUAAACACUCACAAAUUAAUAAAUGCCUUCUCCGAGAGCCAAAGUCAUUUUAACUUGCUAUUAACUCCAUCAAAUUACUACAGUUUCCGCUCGCCUGGAAUCGCUUCUAAUCUACUUCACUAUCUCUCUCUCUUCAACUUUCCACUUUUCGGUUUUCUCUCUCUUUCUCCACUUGGCUUAGGCUUAGCUCUCCUACCAUAACCUACCCCCCCAAAUCUAACCAUUAAUAUAUUACUUAUUACACAUUCAUUUAAUGUUAGGGUCUAAACUUUUCUUUGAUUUUAUGCGUCUAGGGUUUGUGUUUAUCAAUUCAUUUUCUUAAAAUUCCAUAACUGACGCUUUAACAACUGAGAAAAUGGAAAUGGAGCUAAUCCGGCCGGAAAAUCCGGCCAUGACCUUCGAUGAGGUUUCCAUGGAGCGCAGUAAAAGUUUCGUCAAAGCUUUGCAGGAGCUCAAAAACUUGAGACCUCAACUUUAUUCUGCUGCAGAAUAUUGUGAGAAGUCUUAUCUUCAUACUGAGCAGAAGCAGAUGGUGCUGGAUAACCUGAAAGAUUAUGCUGUGCGAGCCCUUGUUAAUGCUGUUGAUCAUCUUGGCACUGUGGCUUACAAGUUAACUGACCUUCUUGAGCAACAAACUUUAGAUGUAUCAACCAUGGAGCUAAAGGUUUCUUGUCUAAAUCAGCAACUUUUUACGUGCCAAACAUAUACGGAUAAGGAAGGUCUUAGGCAGCAGCAGUUGUUGGCAUUCAUCCCAAGACAUCACAAACAUUAUAUAUUACCAAAUUCUGUUAACAAGAAGGUACACUUUAGCCCUCACAUUCAAACUGAUACAAGGCAAAAUCCAUUUCAAGCUAGAUCUCGUUUUCAGCCUUCAGGUUCCCCAGCCUCUAAAACUCUUUCCUGGCAUUUAGCAUCUGAGACCAAGUCUACAUUGAAAGGGGCUUCACAAACUUUGAUGAAUGCUGAAAAUGCCAAAACUUCUGGAAAAUCUUCUGCAGUUUUUCAACUAUUAGAUAAAGAAGAGAAUUCACGGACAAAGCCAUCAGGAGCUCUUUCUCAACUAUCAACUGGAAGUCCUGCUUCUGGUGUAGUCAUGCAACGCAGGGAAGCAUUGGAGGGUUCUAAGCCUUUGACAGCAUUCAGGUCAUUUGAUAACCCAAGGCGUGAGGUGGUACGUGCUCCUGCUCGCAGUAAAAGUGUGCUGUCAGCUUUCUUUGUUAAACAGAAUACGAAACUGAAGGCUGGCCCUAUCUCAUGCCUCGACAAAGCUAAUUGUUUAUGCCACCCGGCAUGCCUUGCUGCUACAUCCAUCGAGCUGGCAGUAAAUAUCUCUUGUGCUUGUCGAUGAUGAGCUCUUGGUCACUAAAAGUUAAUUGCAGGCUAAUUCUUACACUUGAUCCUAAUAAUGAGCAUAUUGUGCAUAAGAAUCUGGUAGUGAAGAUAAUGACGAUUGUCUUUACCCCUGCGUUAUGUUGAUAAUGCUAAUAAUUGUGGGUGGUUGUUGAUAAUGUUGAUAGUUCAAGUUACAGUAUUUCAGGUAGUCAAGACCAAUAAAACGAAAUUAUGUCUCAUUCAUGAGAUCAGAUUUAGUGUUCGUCCUGAUAUAGAGAUAUGUUCCACUCUGUGUUUGUUGUCUAAGCUUUUAUAACUUUAGUAAUCUCUUAGCAAUUCUAUGAAUAAUAUUUCGUCAUCAUUAUGUGCUUCUUA